GGCCAGCGUCGGAGUUCAGCCUGAGGGGGGAGCCGGGGAGCCGCCGCCGCCGCCGCAGCAGCAGCAGGGGUCGGGGGAGAAGCGACGCCGAGCCCGCGAGCGCACCCGAGGAGGACCGGAGGGGCCCCGCCGAGCGAGCGCCCGCGCCCGCCAGGCUCCCGCCCUCGGUGGGUACCGAGCACCCCCCUCCCCUCACCCCACCCCGCGGGGGGGGAAGAGGAACGCGCGACCGGACGGACCGGAGCGAGCGGGGAAGGCGUGGGGGACGAUCCGGCCGAGGCGCGCGGACCCCGAUCGCCGCCGCGAGGGCCCGGGGCGGCCCCCCGCGGAGACCCCCACCCCCAGACCUCCCGGGCCGCCCGGAUGUGUACUAAAAUGGAACAGCCCUUCUACCACGACGACUCGUACGCGGCGGCGGCGGCGGGAUACGGCCGGACCCCCGGGGGCCUCUCGCUCCACGACUACAAACUCCUGAAACCCAGCCUGGCGCUCAACCUGGCGGAUCCGUACCGCGGGCUCAAAGCGCCCGGGGCGCGCGGCCCGGGCCCCGAGGGCGGCGCGGCCGGCAGCUACUUUCCCGGUCAGGGUUCCGACACGGGCGCGUCUCUGAAGCUCGCCUCCUCCGAGCUGGAGCGCCUGAUCGUCCCCAACAGUAACGGCGUGAUCACGACGACGCCCACGCCCCCGGGACAGUACUUCUACUCCCGCGGGGGCGGCGGCGGCGGCGGCGGCGCGGGGG